AUGGAUAAACGCAAUGGGAAGUCGCACUCGAAAAAUGAUGAAUUUAAGGAGAUCGAUCUUACCUUAAAACUGGGACCAUCGGAUUACUAUAGCGAGAAUCAAGAUGAACAAAACGACGAUGAAGCUGCGUGCGAACAAGUGAAUGAUAUGGGAAACUGGAAUGUACCAUAUAAUAGUUCAUCUUCUUCUUCUUCAUCGUCAUCAGUAGCAGCACCUUCCAGCUCCACCUACAACUACUUUGCUUAUAAGGGCUCUGUCGCUCACAAUACUAUAACCACUUCUACCCGUAAAAGACAUGUGGUAGACGAUAAAGCUUGCAAAGUCUGUGGCUCUCAGACCACUCCUCUUUGGAGGAAAGGUCCUGAUGGUCCACAGACUCUGUGCAAUGCUUGUGGGCUGCGACACCUACGAACGGUGAAAAAAAGUGCAGGAGAUCACUGAGAUUUUCUGAAAGAAGUGAAGAUGAUUCGUGAGCUCUGAGUUUUAAUUUGGGAGACUCUUGCUCCACUUAUAGUUUUUUUUAUUUUAGCUCUCGAUUUGUUCACAACAUUUACAUUUACAUUUCUGGAAUGUAAUGAAGUUUUAAUUUUGGAACUA